UCACUCAGUCAAAGGAGAUUCAGCCUAGCAGCAGAAACUUUGGGUGGUCGGAACCGCACCAUGCAGAUCGCCUUGGCGAAAAACGUGACGUUUUGAGGAUCUCAAAACAAGGAGCAUCUUCACUAAAGUGAUUUAAGUUAAUAAGAGGGAUAUCUGGUUAGUGCUUUCCAAGUUCAAGAGUAGCUUUUGGAAAUAUGGAUCAGUUUGUGGAUUCAGAAAGAGCAAAUCUGAUAACCGAAAAUAAGGCGAGGAUGUACACAUUGCGCCUGAAAAGCCCCUUUUCCAGUUCAAAAGAAGCCUACCCAAAUUACCCAUUUGACAAUGGAACCAACACCAACUCUAUCGAAUUGGAAAGAUAUGUAAGUCAACACUGCCACAGCAGAUCCACAUCAGACACUGAAAACAGAGAAAAGCUACAAGCAAGGAGGAAACUUUACAUUGCUGCUAUUAUUUGUCUGAUAUUUAUGGUUGGAGAAGUUAUAGGUGGCUACCUUGCUCACAGUUUGGCCAUCAUGACGGAUGCAGCUCAUUUACUGACAGAUUUUGGCAGCAUGCUAGUUAGCCUUUUUUCUCUCUGGAUUUCUACACGACCAGCAACAAAAUCUAUGAACUUUGGUUGGCAUAGGUCAGAGAUUCUAGGAGCUUUUCUCUCUGUGCUGUCAAUCUGGGCAGUGACAGCAGUGUUGGUCUACCUUGCUAUACAGCGACUGAUCAGCAAAGACUUUGAAAUUGAAAGCCAUGUAAUGCUUAUCACAUCUGGGUGUGCCAUAGGAGUCAAUAUCGUAAUGGCUGUCAUACUCCAUCAAUCAAACCCUUUCCACAGCCAUAGCCGUCACUAUGCAGCUGGUUAUGAGGAGUUAGAAAACAACAGAGUUGAUGAAAACUCUUCUCAGGCAAACCAGCUGGGAAACACCAGUGUGCGAGCAGCCUUCAUACAUGUCAUUGGAGAUUUGUUCCAGAGCAUCGGAGUGUUUGUGGCAGCCACUGUCAUCUUCUUUAAGCCCGCUUAUAAAAUUGCAGAUCCUAUCUCUACAUUCUUCUUUUCUAUUUUCGUUCUGGGUACGACUAUCACUAUCUUAAAGGAUGUGUUCCGUGUACUGAUGGAAGGUACCCCUAAAGGUCUGGACUUUAAUUCAGUGAAGGAAGUUCUUCUUUCUGUUAGAGGAGUGAAAGCUGUUCACAAUCUCCAGCUCUGGGCUCUGACACUGAACCAGCCUCUGCUAUCUGUUCAUAUUGCUAUAGAAGAGAAUGCAGAUGCUCAAGCUGUGCUGAAGGAUGCCACUGAAAUCCUUCGAAGCAAGUUUUCCUUCCACACCACAACAAUCCAAGUUGAAAAGUUCUCAGAGGAUAUGUUAGACUGCAGCCAGUGUCGAGAUCCAAAAGACUGAGAUUUUCAAAUUCCAGAUCCCAGGAGGUGCCAUUCGUUGUUGUGUUGUACAUUUGUCUCUGUAUUUUACAUGAUUUCCAAAAAUCUAGGAUAGCUUCCAAGAGCAUUGAAAUUGACAAUUUGAGUAUAGGACUUAAACACUCUCUGCAAAGCAAAAACUCAAUGGAAGUGCAUCAAGAGAAUGGACAGUUAGGCCGAAUUAUUCCUGAUUGAGUAGAAACCUCCCUGGCCAGAGACCAAACUAGUUUACUUUUGAUAUUUCAGGAGUGGGGGCUCAAUACAGAACUAAUUGAAGUUUAAUAAUUCUUGGUAAGUAAUAUUUGGCCUGGGCUUUCCUGAAAAGCACUUGUUGCUCUGUGUGCAGCAACAGUCAUUCCCUCCCCAAGUAUCAGAAAACACAGGACCAACUUGGAACCCUGUGUGCACACAUCUGUCUUGACCUCCUGAGAUUUGUUCAUCAGCAGUUUCCAAUGGAGCUCUGAAGUUGGGGAAUCCAGUGGUAGAAUUGAAAUUUCCACUACUCUUUCAGCAAUUACAUUGAGAAAACCACUUCCAGGUCUGUGCUGGGACUAACCAAGUGUACAAUUUUCCAACACCAUGUAUUUCAGAAAGGAAUGGCUACAACAGAGUAAGGAACAUUUCAGGUGCUUUAUUUCCUUUGAACUACAAACGUUUGUAUUUGGUUUGGUUUAACUUAAUUUUCAUUUUAUAUAAUUUCAUUUUUUAAUGUUGUUAAUAAUUUUAAUACUUCUAAAGUGGAAUGUCGCAGGAUUUUUUAAACUGACAGUUGGGAAAGCCAAGGGACGACAUAACUUAACCCAUUUGUCUAGGUUUUUGUGAAGAAAACUUGUUGCAGCCUUACCACACCUAGACAUUUACAGCCAUUAUUCUUUGUGCUACACUGGGUCUAACCAGUCUGGAACUGGUCUUAUCUGGAAGCUGCUGCUUCAAGAUCAACUCACAGUAAGCAUAAACACACCACAGAUUGGUGUGAUGAGCGUGGGCAACUUGCUGCUGCCCAGAAAUUCCAGGCCAUAGGUGUCCCAAUAGUCAAAAGUAAAAGAAAGUUAGUUACCUGAACUAAAGAGCAAUAUUCAAAACAAAGAGACUCAAAGGUUCUUGUUUUGUUCACGAUUCACCUUUUGUAGUAUUCUCUUACAUAACUAGAAUCUUAUUGAGUUUGAUCAUCUUAAAAACAUACAUUGUAGACUUGUAUUGGAUACAGUUAGCUUUAAAUACAUUUUUUUUGGGUGGGAAUUCGAUUCUGACCUACAGCAAUGGGAACUGGGUGUAGGGAAUGGUUAGAAUUGGACCUUGUGUUAUCCAUUACAAUAGGGAGAGGUUUUGUUGUCUGUGGUGCCUUCACAGUAAACUUGUGUUAUUUGAAGUAUGGAGCACCAAUUUUGUUGUCAUUAAGUCCUCAUGGAAAUUUUGAAUAAUGAAAAGAGGUAAGGGGAGAGGUUUAAAUAGAUAACUUCAUUUUGAAGAAUAUUAUCUUCCAAUCUCUUUUCAACUGAGAGAUUAAAGUGAGCAAGUAUAAAUUUAAAAAGGAUUGUUUUUCAUGGAUUCAAAGGUUUACAAGUUGGUAAAAGGAGAUUUCUGGCGUGAUCCCAAAUGUUUCUUGUGUAAGAUUCUCAAAAGCACAUAGAAUAGGUGCAGUGGUAGGUACGUAGUGAAAGGUUAGAGGAAGGCAGCUUGGGCAAGUUGUAGAUUACAGAAAUAGAAUAUAUGUACAAGCAAUAGGUGGGACAGCAAGGAUUAUUGUUCACACAAAUGGCAGUCCACCUUUUACUGAUGGAGACUAGGCCAAGGAGCCUUGAACAGCAGGAAGCCAUUUCCUAGACUUCUCAGAGUAGCCCAGCCCCAAGAAGGAUUCCUGUGACAGGAGUUAGCCUACCGAUUAACAUCUGAAAAGAGCAUGGCGUCUGUUUUUGGGAGCCAAACGAGAGUGGAGGAAUUACCCAUUUAAAUCACAUGACUUCUGCUCACCUUUGAGGAAAUGGACGCAGUCUCAAAAGUGGCACAUUCAUGGUCCAUUUUUCCUUACAGAAAAUGGUUUUCGGUUUUUAUGACAACGCAUCAGAUCUUGAAUGGCCAGGUGCUGACCUGGAUGGCUACACGUACUUGCCACUUGCACAGUGGAUGUCAUUACAGGUCAUAGGCUGCUGAUAGGUCUCUGAAGUAACCUAAAUGAUGCACCUGAACCUGCAAACUUUUUUGCCUUUGGGCAGGAUCAUAUGAAGUCUAAUUAGUGGUAGAUCAGAAACCAGUCUAACGUAAACAAAUCUGAAAAUUACUGUAGUUAAGCCACAUUCAAGUUUCACAACAAAAUAAGACAACCAGUAAGUCUGCAAUUUGAAGGAAUUCCUUAAAUCAGCCAUAAUAUCGUUCUCCUUUUCUCUCUGUCCAAUUCUUUUAAACAUUUCAUUCAAGAGCUCUUUUUUUUUACAGUAUUACCUUUUCCAAAUAUGUGUUAAUAUGAAAUCCUGCAAUUAAUGCCAGAACUCAGUCUUAAUCUUCACAGCAAGUUUGCUCCCUUUCUCAUCAGUGUCCACACACUGUUUUGGAGCAAACAGAAUCUAGACUUCCACCUAUCACCUCCAGCUUGUACUCCUUCCUCUCCCACUUCCUUAUUUUGCUUUUUUCCUCCUUCUUUUCCAUUCCUGAUGAAUGGUCUCGGCCCAAAGCUUCAACUGUUCAUUUCCUUCCAUUGACGGUUCGUGACCUGCUGCGUUGAACCAGCAGUCUGUGUUCAUUGCUCUGAACUACUUCUCCCUUCUUUUCUCACCCAUUAUUUUAACCUAUGUCAUCCUAGUGGAUUCAAACACAAACAGUGAUGAAAACUAAAAUUGUCUUCCUGAUCCUGCACAAUGUGGAUUUUCAACUCAGUUUUGGCACAAUACACAUCUGCAAUCUAAAUACCAUUUUCAGUCAAACCCAAGUCAACACAUCUGCAAUCUAAAAUCAAACCUAAACCAGCUUUGCUCCUGAUAACCUGCAAACUCUUUGGAGACAAAACUGAAGGAGAUGAUUUUCAUUAAGUGAGGAAGGUUUUCUUUUUUCUCUUCUGUCAUAUCUGUCAUACCAUAAAAUUGUAUGUUUUUAAUAAUUACACAGAGUGGCCUUGGAACUUGGAAACUGGCUCAUCAGCUCUCUGUGUCCUCCAUGCUGACCAUCAACCACCCGUUUAUACUGAUCCCAUUUUUUUUAUUCUCCCCAUUUUCCUUCAACAGCCUUCCUCACCUCCUCUCCCCCCGCCCCCUACCACUCAUUGACACGUGCGGGGCUGUUUAGAGCAGCCAGUUGAACUACCAGCCUGCUCGUCUACGGGUUUACGGGAUGUGGGAGGAAAUCUGAUUACCCAGGGAAUACCCUUGUGGCCACAGGGAGAACAUGCGAAUGCUACACAGACAGCACCCAAGCUCAGGUGUCUGGUGCUGAGAGGCAGUAGCUCUGCUACCUAUCCCACUUCGUUGUGGGUACAGCACAUACUGGGUCUACUCAGUUAUUUGCAAGGGGGAGAAACAGGACACUGUAAACUGUAUUGUAAAAUUUCAUCAGGCUCCUGGUAAGUUUUCUGAAAGAAGAUCAAGAUGUAUAUAUUUUUCUUUGUUUACCAAAUCAGAUUCACCAUAGAAUUUACUAUGAUUAUACUUCUUGGUUCAAAAAAAGAAUGAAUAAUCCAAGCUGUACUUUAAAAUAAGCUUCAUGAAAUUGACUUACCAAAUAAUGGAGCAAACCAGCCUGAAUUUUACCUGUUCUGACAGCAAAGCUGUUGGCAACGGAUCACUGCAUCACACAAAUGUGAUUGACACCGAUGUUCCUCAGGGUAUUAAGCCCUUUCCCACCUCCUUGUUCCAAUAAUGAUCUGCCAAAAGUCUGUACUCAUUUAGAAGUCUAUUUAUAAACAGAUAACACUGUUUUUCAUCCCAAAUCCACGAAGAAUAUGGUUAGUGAUUGAAUGAUCUAAUACUGAAUAUAGAAAAAUAACCUUUGACAAUUUACCUCCAGUUAUUGCCUUACCAAGGCUAAUUAUUCUGUGGUGUUUAGUUGAGAAUAGUGGACCAAAAUAGGAAUUUAAGGAUGCACUUUGACAAUAUGUUUUAUUUAAAGGAAUAUUGAAUUUAAGAGUGCAGUUAUACUGGUAGGUUUCCAGUUUGCAGCAACGCUUAAGUGACCAUUAACACACAAGAUAAAAAUCCUCAUCCAGGAUAAAUAGUUUGAGAACCCUGAGGGAUGUCACCUUACAUCAGCUGGCCUCAAUGCACAUGAAACCUCAUUUACAGAGAUCACUUUAUUAUUGAAAGUUGGGUUGGGAAUAGAUGCUGGGGUGGGGGGGAAAGAAGAGGCUGGUUCAAGAACAAGACUCCUUCACAGUCCAAACUACUAAAGUGCCAAAAUGUAAAAGUGCCUUAAGGGUAGCCACAAUGGAAAUCUAUGGGUUUCAGAACAACUGCAGCAGUCGUAAUAAUAUUUAUAUGAAUAGAGCUUUAUGCAACUCCGUUUUCAAUAAGGUCUGGGCAGCUUCUUACUUGAAUGGAUGGUCACUGAAAUUUUAGCCAUGUACUGCACAUAUUUUUGAAAUCCAGCUCUUCAGAUGAAUCCUUGUAAUAAUGCAUGUACUGUUGUGCCUUUGUAUACCUGUGGAUUUUCAUAUACCUCCUGGUGAUAAACCAUUGCAAAAGAUAUUUGUGCUCAGUAGACUAUAAAAUAGAUUUAAAGAACUGUAUAUAAAAAACUAUGAAGAUAAGGUUAAGAAUUGAUAGAAGAGUUUGUGAUUUAUGAUUAUCAAACAUCUUUAUAUUCCUUGUCCAGCUUCUUGUCCACAGUAACUUAUUUCUGACGCUUGUGUGCCUGUAAUGUGUGCAUGAGUGUGAUUGAGCCAAGUCCCCUGACUGCACCUUAUUUUAGAUGAAACAAAAUGAAUUGUACGUCCAUUUUUCAAAUUACUUCCAGUUGAAGUAAUCUAACCGUACAUGAGCCAUAACUGGGCCGUGAGUUUUAAAGAUGAAAUAUCACAAAAAACUUCACUUAGAUCCUGCCCACCAAUGAUUUAUUGAUGACGAUAUAAAUAGAAGCACUUAGAUUUAUAUACAACAUUUCACAACCUCAGGACGUCUAGUUCAUAAACUACUUCAGAAUUGUUUGGAAACUAUCUACACUGAAAGAUUUAUUUAAAGCUUUGAGGAACACAUUCACAAUAAAGCCUCUGUAAAAAUAUUAUUUCAUCGUCCCUCUUUUGAUAAGGCUACCUUACCGUUCACUAUUUCCAGCUGAGACCUCAUUCUUCUCCCAAGAAAGCCACUCUACCAUCAGCCAAUGAGAGCACUUGUUGGGUAUAUCAGUGGCUUCAUUUUUCAUUUCUUCUCAGUGAGAAACAGGUUUGCUGCUAUUUGCAAUAAGCGUUGCAUUUGCACGGCCAAGAAUGUUAAGUUUUGCAUAUAAUUGUGCCUCUGAAUCCAAUCCACGAUCCAUGAAACAGCAUUACUAUACACACUGAACUAUGAUGAUCCAUAGUAAGAAUAUUUAAACCAAGUGAUUUUAAAUUUAAAAGCAGCUUUUACUAUAGCAAAGUAUACUAAAGUAUAAAGCAAUUCUGAGGAUAAUAGAUGCCUGGAUUUUAACAAAAUUACCUUUUAAAGUUUUUCAUAUUUAGUUCCUGUUAGAUGACAAUCAUUGAAUUUUUUGUCUACAAAUGGUUGAUAAAUUCCAUAGCUAGUUAUUAGUUCUAGAUUGAAUUGCCAAUGUGCAAUCUAUGAUAGGUUAAUCAUUAUUAUAAUUCAAAUGUAUAUGAAUAUAUAAUUCAGAUAUGUAAGAAUUUUGUAUUACAACCAUACAUCUAUUGCAGUAAAGUACUGGCAGAAGACACCAGGUUUUUGCAUCAGAUCAGAGCAGAAUAUCAAAGCAGAAUAUCAAAGCAUUUUGCUGCUUUAGUAUCAAUUAUUUCCCAUCUAUUACAGUUAAAUAUGAGCCACACACCAGUGGCCUAAUUUGCAGCUGCUCCACCCCACCCCCCAUUUUGUGAAAAUCUAACCAACAACAGAUAUUGUUCAUUAGACCAUAGCAUUCAUCUAAUAUGCAAUCCAGUUCUGCUUACUUUCAUCCAGACACUUGCAAUAAAUUGUGAAGCAAGAAUGAGAUUGUGGCAGUGCUGGAGUGGAAAUGAAUGAAGUUUUUAAGUCCUGAAGGGAUUAAUUAUAGCGUCAAAGAAACCAAGGUCAAACUGUUCAAUGUUAAUCUAUGAUAAGCAAAGGUUCACAGUUUAUUUCCUCAAAUGGAAAAAACUCAUAAUAAAAAAAAUGACCUUUAUUGUGAAUGGAAAGAAGUUCUUCCAUCAGUACUUUAUUUGUAUGAAAGAUUAAACUAUUCAUUCCCAAUAUUGACUACAGAGGGAGCACUGGCUUGAUCCACAACCUACAGUGUUUUAAUGAACUGGCAAUGAGGCCAAAUGAGAUGCUGGAACAACAACAGAAAAGGUUUCAGAUUCUCUGGAGGUCCCAAAAUUGUGCAACCUAAUCACAAUGUAAUCACUGGUGUUGACAAACACAGCAAAAUUACAGAUUGCAAAUAUUAACAUAAACAAUAAAUGAGAUUGCUUGGUGGUUGUUCUUGUUGGCAGUGGGAGGUAUGCUAAUCAAUACAUUAGUAAGAACAAUCUGUACUUCUAAGAAUAGUCCAUUAAUAUGUGAAGGAAGAGAGGGAAGCCUUUGUUUUACAUCUUAUUUGAAAUACUACUGCCAGAAGUGUUGCAAUCAUUUAGCACCAUUUUAAACAGUCAUCUUAGACUUUAUGUGCAACUGAAUAUUGGGACUUGCUUGCAGAGUUGUUAAGCUUAGAAGCCCGAGUGUUACCACUGAGUUAAAUGCAUUCCAUGGCUGGAGACUGACACUAAACCAAACUCCGUGCAAUUUCUUGGAUGUUCGGAAACACCUCAGAAAUACUGAAGGAAAAAUUGGCAAGGUUUUUCUGUGGGGAAUAGCUACAUGUGUGGGGGUUGCUGUUUUUAUCUUAUGUCUACAUGGGUAGUGGUGCACUACUUCUAAUCCGAAUGGAAAAUGGAUGCAUCCAUGACAUUUCAAAAGCAUAUGCUUACCUUCCUAGAAAGCUAAAAGGUUUUGAUCACAAAACUGUUCAUCAUAAAUUCAGGAUUUCUAAUGAUGAGAUGCUAAGACAGAACAACUAGUCUAGCCUUACAUACUUGCACUGCAUACUCAGGACAUGUUUAGGACUGGAGCAACAAAGCUGACCUACUUGGCCUAGAACAUGGUGAGAUACACUUAGUCAAUUAAUAAAGGUACUGUACAGCAUGAAAUUUCAAUCAUGUUUACCAUGUCAACUGAUAAUUGAUACAAUUUCAACUACUGAGUGCGGUAAAAAUUGAGUAGCAGCAGUAUCCUGCAUGUGAUUGUGGAUUAGCUUCUGUGCCUACAGUAGAAUGAAGUGGUUGAGGAAACAAUUAAAAGUGACUGCCACUCUUUAAGAAGCUUCUGAAACAAGGCAAAAUGGAUCCUGAAAUCUGGACAUAUGGAAAUUGGUGUUAACAAGAGUUAAACAGGAGGAUGGAGAAGGAUGGUAGCAUAAGUAUGAACUAGUCAUCAAUGCAUGUUAGACAACCGCAAUGGUGGAAGCUGCUGAGAUCUUCCUUGAAGUACACAUAGCAAUGUGCAAAAUAUCUUGGCAAAUUGCAUCUCGUGGCCUGCCUUAUCUAGUAUGAUCAUUAUAAUAUUUAUAAUUGGCUAUUGUUUAUUAAUGUGCACUAUUUAAUCCAGUUACACUACAUUUAAACAGACCAAUAAUUUUACUGUACUGUACAGUAUUUAGAUCAGUUAAGAUGCACCAUUUCCUGUAUGCUAUACAAUAGUUAUGCUCACAUUUGAAAGAAAUCAGGAACAAGUUCCUAUUAAUUGAAUUACAUACACCUAACUUUUUUGUUAAAACACAGUGUACUCAAUAUUAAUUGCCGGCAUAAUGCAUUGAGACCUCCAUACAAGAGAUGCCUGGUAAAAGUACUUGUAAAUUUCAACAAUCAAGGCUUCUUGUCCAAUAUAGAAAUAAAUCAUUUUUCAGUGAAAUAAACCGUCUUAAUUGAUGCUAAAGAUUGCAAUAUGUGAUGUUAUUUAAGUAUAAUAAGACAACAAAUACCCCAUUUUAAACUAAAUAUUAAGAGUCGAAGUUGUUCAUGUUAAUCCACCAAACCAGGUUAGUUAAGGAAAAAAAAAGACACUUAAAAAAAAGUUACACACAUCAAAGUUGCUGGUGAAUGUCAGGACGAAGGGGCUCGGCCUGAAACGUCGACUGUACUUCUUCCUAGAGAUGCUGCCUGGCUGCUGCGUUCACCAGCAACUUUGAUGUGUGUUGCUUGAAUUUCCAGCAUCUGCAGAAUUCCUCGUGUUUACGUACUUAACAAAAGUUGCUUAUUCUUUCUUACAAAUCUCAAUUAAUCUUUUCCAAAUUUUGAUUUCACAUCUCAAUUUCAUUAAAAUGAUAAUUAAAUGUGGUUACCCAGGAUAGAAUUGUUAAAUUUUCAACUAUUCACAACUUAGAACAUAAAAAUUUAAAGCACAUUACAGAUCCUUUGGCCAACUCGAGAGACUAUGUAUUUUCCCUUGCGCCUAGCCCUCUGUUUUUCUAAGCUCCAUGUACCAAGACCGAUCAAAAUGGUAAUGUAGAAAAGUGGCGGUGGAGUUGUAAAAGAAAAGCAAGGGAUAUUUGCUGCUAUUUUACAGGAGAUGCAGAUCGUACCCAAGAUAGAAUACAUGUUGCAGAAUGUGCCAAGUUCACAUCUGGUAUCAUAUUGCCUAUUCUAGAGUUUAUUAGAAGAAAAGGUGAAUUGUUUUUAAAAAUGUGGAAGAAAUCUACUUUGAAUGGAUGAAGAAUAAUUCUCUUCAGAUUCGAGCAAUCAUUCAUGUUCAGAUGAAGCCGAGUGUCAUCGUACAUUAGCUCAGUAGAGAUAGCUGGUCAAACUCACUAAAUUAAGGGAUUAUUAUGUCCUGAUCAUUUACAGAACUAAAAUAAAAUCUUCAGCACUUGGAAAUAUUACAAAGAAUUGACAGCAAACAAGUUUACCCCUAUAUGCUUUGAGACUCUCCACAAUUCAUCAUCUCCACUAAUAUACAUUCCUUUUCCAGCCUCCCUCAAGUGCACAUACAGUACAUUUGUCUUAAUCAUGCCAUAUGACAAAGAUCCCAAUUUCUUACUUCUCUCAGACUGAAGACGAGGAUAAUCUCUUCCAUAAAUUGAUAGCUAAUCCAUUUAAAGAUUGAUUAUGAAAAGUGUGAAAUGUCAUAAACAUCAUAUAGACAAUAGGUGCAGGAGUAGGCCAUUCAGCCCUUCAAGCCAGCACCGCCAUUCACUGUGAUCAUGGCUAAUCAUCCACAAUCAGUACCCUGCUCCUGCCUUCUCCCCAUGUCCCUUGACUCUGCUAUCAUUAAGAACAGAGCAUAUAGUCAGCAGCAGGAUCACAGACACAAAAUAAUAGUCCAUUGUGUUGUGAGUCAAGAUCCCCGAUCAUACACCUGUAAUGUGCAAGUCCACAUUAAAGCACCUCAUGGGACAGCUCAACAAUAUUCUAAGCUGUGAUACAGCUCUUUUCCCAUAAUGCCUGAUAAGCAUUGAACCUGAAUUGUACUUGGAUGUUAUUGAGCUGCAAAACGCAGUAUUACUACAAAACACUACUUUAAAAACCUACUGACCCUUCAAAUGAAAGUGUAAUUUCUCUAAAUAGAAGCUGUUAGAAGCCUGUGAAAUAAACCUUUCAUAUCAUGUCACACAAUAUAACAAAUUUUGGGAUGGUUAGAAUUUACUCACAUAAAAACAGGUUGAAGGUAAAAACAUGGGUUCAGAAGUUAGAUUGAAUCAUAGUUUAUAGCUGGCCUUUGUGAAUGCUCAUAUGAAAAUUAUGGUGUGAAUUUUAUGUGUGCUGUGUUGUGUGUAACAUAUUUGAGGUACAGAGAUUUCCCUGUAAUAAAGUGUCAAGCUCUACAGGAGCCAAUGUUCUUUGUUGUACUGUUUUGUAAAUAGAGGUAAAUGUUCUUGUUUUAUAUGUGGGUGAACAUGUACACAGGAGUGUUGAACAUCAGAUGUUGUGUACUUUUGAAAUAUUUUCAUGUCAAUAAAAAUGACUGCAAACAGAAAACUUUUCCCGUCAUUACUU